ACAUGCAAUGUACAGUGUACUGUACGAGUAUUGUUAAAAAACGUUUAGAAAUAUCUGGCUUUUCUUUUGCAGUCUAUCCUGAAUAUUAUCGUCGAGAGGUUUCAUUUUAAUUCAUCUGGUCUUCCGUUUUGCAUGAUGUUACUAGGAUCUUGACGUUCUGUUAUGGACUGCUUGGAUGUGUUGAUUGGGUCUUGAUAGACUGUUGUGAAUUUGAAAUGCAGUAUUAAUUAAUAGCUGUGUGGUUCCAUUUUGUAAUUACUGACAUCUGAAAGCCUCUGUUUGGUUUUGUACAUUUCGUUUGAUGGCAUCCAUUCAUUCCGAAAAAAUGCUUAGGGUUCAGAUUGAAAGUUUGGUGGCAGGAAUCGAUGGCGCUGAAACCAUUAUGACUAGCGAGAGCGCCACUGUGGGAAAUCUUAUAGCGGGAUUCAUUAUUGAACGGAGGCUUCGUACGGAUAUCGUUUCUGAGUUCUGUGUUCAAGAUCCGAAGGGAAACGUUUUGAAGAAUCAUCGGACAGUGGGCUCGUAUGCAAUUCGAGAUGGUGAUAAACUUUUCCUAGCAAAACGAGAAACAAGAAUUUUGUUGGGCUGCAAGAACUGGUUUGCGCUGGCUGCUGUGGCCUGUUGUGCAUCGCUGAUUGGGUUUGCGGUGAUGAUCUACCUUUAUGCACGAUCUGGAGCAGUACCUGUGGACUUUGUGGUGGUCAUCGAUGCUGGCUCAACGCACACUGAUUUGUAUGUUUAUCAGUGGGAUGGAAUGAAAAUCCGAGGGACAGGAUUGGUGAAGCAGAACGCUCAUACUCGCUGCGAAAAUCAUGGAUUGGAAAAUUAUGUCGAUCCGCGAAUGGCUGCCAGAAGUUUGGAGACAUGUAUGGGUUUCGCAAAAGAUAGCAUUCCUCGGCCAUCUUGGGAUAAAACCGAAAUUUAUUUGGGAGCCACAGCUGGCAUGAGACUGCUUGAAGCGACGAAUGCCACUAUGGCUGCAUCAAUAAUGGAUGCCAUAAGAACGGAAGUUAAUGGAAAUUAUCCUUUUAAAUACUCGGCAGAACAUGUCAGAAUAAUCUCUGGAAUCGAGGAAGGGAUCUAUGGAUGGAUAACCGUUAACUACCUUGCCAAAACGCUGUUAUUUGACCACAUUGCACCGAAGUCGUCCGUGGGAGCCCUUGAUCUUGGCGGAGCUUCAGCGCAGAUUACAUUUGAUUCCGAAGUCAACUACACUCAAACGGCAACGUUGUUUCAGGAAACUUAUGAUCUGUAUUCGCAUAGUUUCCUCUGCUAUGGUCUGCGUGAAGCCGAACGCCAGUUCAAGGCGUUGUUGGUGCAAGAACAAAAUCAAAGUGUCAUUUUGAAUCCCUGUGCUCCAACGGGAAAUACCACUGUUGAGCCCAUGAAUUCUGUCUUUGGACAUUAUUGCACCAGCGGCUUCCAUUCGGAUGUGAAAUCAGAUAGCCUCAGCUUCGUUGGCACCAGUAAUUCAACGGAAUGUUCGGCUAUGGUUGGAAAAUUGUUCAACAAAACGUAUUGUCCCUACUCGGGCUUUGAUCGGUGUUCGUUCAAUGGCGUGUACGAAGCACCUCUAACUGGAAAGUUUAUGGCAUUUUCUGGAUUCUACUUUGUGAUGGAAUUUUUUAAUCUAACCAAUGUUAAUAGAAGUGGCGGAGUCGUUCCUCUUCCGCUCUAUAGGGAAGUGAUUAAAGAUUUCUGCCUAAAGAAUUAUUCGGAGAUUAAUAUUCUGAAUGCGAGUGAUCCACAUUCGCCGUUCAUUACCCAGUAUUGCUUUGACGCACAUUUCGUGGACAAUAUCUUGACAUUGGGAUAUGGAUUUAAUGAUACGACAUUCGAGCAGAUCCGAUUUGUACCCGAUAUCGAUGGCAUGGCGCUUGGAUGGACGUUAGGAUUAGCUUUGAAUUCGACUAAUGCGCGAGACAAUGAGCCACCGGAAAAUCUCGUGUCGACGGCAGUCUUUAUAUCAUUGAUGGUCGUGUUUACCGUUCUACUGAUUUUUGCUAUGGUGUUUUGUCUGCGAGCGGUGAAAGCAGCGCGUCGCUAUCGUGAUUACGAGUCAAUUAGCUCGACCUACGGUGCUAUCUGAGUCAACCUGACCAUGAGUUACCUGACUCUUUUUUGUAUUUCUGAUUGUAAUGAUCGCGAAUUUUUAUUCGGGCUAUUUGUGAUAGUUGCUCUUUUAUUUUCGUUUUAAUUCUCCGUUUUAGGGAUGAGUUUUUGUUUUUAUUUAAAUGUGCGCCAUGC